AUGGGCCCGGGGGACUCGGGCCGCGGCAGAGAGAGAACUUCCCGGGGGCCCCCCGGAGGCCCAGGCAGAGCCGGGCUUUGGCUCCCGGUCCCUCGCCCCGCGCUCGGCUCCCCCCGGGGCGGCAGGGGCACGGACGUCGCGGCGGAGGCCUCGGCCACCAGCCAGCUGCUGGAGGACAUGGGCCGGCGGCUGGUGCGCGCCCUCCAGCGGGCGGUGCCGCGCGGGGGCUCGAGGCGCGCGCGGGAGGCGGCGGCGGCGGCGCGGGAGGAGCAGGGCCGGACGCGCGUCGAGGGCGUCCUGGCCGGGCUGCGCUCGGAGCUGCUGGAAAUGCAUUUGCAAAACCGCCAGCUGGCCAGAACAUUACUGGAUUUAAACAUGAAAAUGCAGCAAUUGAAGGAGGAGUAUGAACAGGAAAUGGUAUCAGAAUCUCAAAGGCCGGAGGAUAAUGCUUUGAAUCCAAAAUAA